AUGCGCUUCGCCGCCACGUCGCGUUCGGGGCCGACCGCGCCACCUCCGCCUCCAACACCUUCGCUGCCUUCUCCACCAACAUCACCAGAACAAAGAAGGUCGCCAGAGCAGUCACCUGUGGUUUCGGGAAGAGAGACGCAAGCACCUCAAGCUCCGAUCUCCAGCCAAGAUUGGAGACGCUUGAUCAGCAGCAUCGACGAUAUAAGGCAACAGAACGACUAUCUUCAGGAGCAGCUAGAGUACUAUCGUUACGAGCAGCAGGACGAAGGAGAGCGCGAGGCAGAGGCUGUGGCAGAAUUCGAGCCAUUUUCAGCAGCGGUGAGGGAAGUGGCCAUUCCAGAUAAUAUGAAGAAUAUAGUCCUCGAAACAUACAGCGGAAAAGAAGAUCCUAAGGAACACCUACUGUAUUUCAAUACAAAGAUGGUGAUUAGCGCCGCUUCAGACGCAGUCAAGUACAGAAUGUUUCUAGCAACUUUUAAAGGUACAACAAUGACGUGGUUCACAACUCUUCCACGAGGAUCCAUCACCAACUUCCGAGAUUUUUUGUCCAAAUUCCUCGUCCAGUUCUCAGCAAGCAAGACUAAGCAAGUGACGAUCGAGGACUUGUACAACGUGCGUCAGUCUGAAGGAGAGACUCUGAAACAAUACGUGAAACGAUUCAGUGCUGCGUCGGUAAAGAUUGAGGAGUCGGAGCCGAAUGCCUGUGCCCGGGCCUUCAAGAACGGUCUACAACCUGGGAAGCUAAAAAGCAAACCGAGUCGUAAGUCGCCCAAAUCGAUGGCGGAGGUGCGCGCGCGGGCGAACACGUACAUCCUUGAUGAAGAGGACGACGCUUUCAAGCGAAGAAGAGCAAAGGUGGAAAAGGAUGGUGAUCAAAGGGACGUGUCGCCAGAGGAUAAAGCGAGCAAAGACAAGGCUGAAGGGAGUAAAAGGCGAGACAGGAAAGUCCGGACAGCGGAAAAGACAACGAAAGAUCCCUUGUAUCCGAGGAAGGACAGAUUCGAGCGUCGCCGGCCUGGCACCAGGCUGACUCUCGCCAGCGUGGAGAGUCGGGAAAGAGUCUAA